UGUUUCCUUAUUACUUUUUGGUGUGUAAAAGGGGUAUUGUAUUCAUCAUCUUAAUUGACAGAUCGUUUAGGGAAAAUCAAAGGAAGAACAUUAAAUCAACCAUUGCUAGACAAUUUUAUUAUCUAAUAAUAAUGUUCAUUGAUUCAAUUUUCUGUGAUGAUAGAGCAGUGUUUAUGGGGUGUUGGGUAGACUAUGAAGUGAUGGCACUUACCACUUCCUUACAUCUUUAUUUUGAAUGUUGUAGGCCUAACCAAAAAAAUAUUCCUUUUUUUAUUGUGUGCUUAAUGAUGCUCAAAACAUAUCAAUAUACCAUCUUAUUAUUUGUUGACCAAAUAUGUGAUAUUACAUUGUUUUAGCUAUACUUGUUGUGAAAGUGGCUGUUGAAUUCAUAUUUUUAUAAAGAUUUUCUUAUAUUAUACGAUAAAUUCUUCUAAUGAAGAUGUGAUACCAACUUUUAUAUCUUCACUGAUCUUUAUUAUUCACCCUAAUUACUUUUGAGAUUUUUAUGAAUUGUUACUGAAUUAGGCAGCUUGGUGAAAGUGUUUUGGAAUGUGAACAUUGCAUUUAAUAUUUUACUGUGAGUAUUAUGAACUUCUUUGUCAUGAUUGACUAGUGUUUUGUGAAUUAAAAUGGCAUCUGUUAAUUUUUAACUGUUUUAAUGAAAGGUGUACAGUGUGUAUGCAUACCUUAUACUACUGAGGUAAUAUUCAUUUAGAAAAUUCUGUAAUAAAGUUAAAGAUAAUUUGUUAAUUUUAUCAGUUAUGUGAAUGCUUAACUUUUGUUAUGAAUAUUAACUGCAUCAUUGCCCUGGGAAUUUUAUAUCAAUGAUUGUUUUAGAACAAAAUGAUUUGGAAUUGUUGUUAUUUUCAUCAAUUGAAAGUUUAGAUGUAGUCUCAUCCUAUAUUUUUCAGUGGUUUGUAAAAUUGUUUUUUUACUCCUUUGCACCAAACUUCUGUGCUACAAUAAAUAAAUUUGUAAUAUAUUAUAAAAGAAAAAUAAUUGAAUUAACUAUGAAAUACAAAUUUUUCUUUGAGUUCACUUUUGUUUUUGUUUUUUUAAUUUAAUGAUUUUAUUUUUUCAUAUUUUGUAAUUAUGAGUUUAUUUAUUAUAAUACUAAUAAUGAAGCCAAAAAGGUGUUGCAAUUGUGAAACUACAUCUGAGCUUUCUGUUGUUUUUUCUCUGAUAAUUAUUGUGUUUAUUGUGUGCAUUCCAUUUUGCAAUUGUGUUAAAUAUGAUGGUAUACAUUCACACAUAAAUGUGUAUUGAAAAGAUGUAAAAGUCUUCAUUUACAUUUUUAAUGUGUGUUUUGAAGAUUAAUGAACUUUGUGAUAUUGCAAUGCAAUUUUUGUUGAAUAGUAUGUAGGUUUCAGAUUGUUCUUAUGUUAAUAUUAUUAAUGAGAAAUUGUUGAGUUACAAAUCAGAAGAAAUGUUUAUAUUUUACAUCCUGUUAUUAAUUUAAUUUUGGCCUAGUAGGUGCUAUCACUGGAGUUUUGAGGUAGUGAAUAUCUGCAAGAAGGUACAUAUUUUAGGGGGAAGAUUGUCAGAGCAGUGUGCCUUAAACAAUUUCUGAAAUGUGUGUAAUGUAUUGCAUAUGUUAAACCAUAAUUUGUUUUGGUGCUACUGUGAAAUGAGAAUGAAUGUUUUAAGCUAUUGUUUGAUAGUCAAUUUUUAAUGCAUCAUGACUGAUGUAAAUUGUUGUGUGAAAGGUAUUAUGUCUAUUUUAAGGAUUCGUGACAAAAUAAUACUGUCUCACAUAUUUCUCUACAGUUACACUUUGUAAUUCUUUUACAAUAAUGUAUUACACAAUUAGAUAUAUUUCGUACUUUUGUUGUGUAUGAAAAACCAAAAAUUAAUGUGAAAUAACUUAUUGCAUAAUGUAACUUGCUAUUUUUAUCCAUCAUAAACCCAUUUGUGUUAAUAACGCAUAUAUUUCAAUUGGUGAGCAUCAAGAAUGUAUUUUAGUUUUCCUCUCUUUAAUUUCUGUAGCAUUGAUAUUUUCCUUUAAAUUUAGAAAGUACAACACCCCAUUGUGACCAAAAAGAGUUUGUUUUGGACUCUCAUGACCACGUGUAUGUUCACGUGCUAGUGUUUGUAUGGCGUUUCCCGCUUCGGAAGUUUUGUUUUGUGUGACUGCACACCACCUCCCCCACUGGCCUGUGUCAAUGGACUGCUCCAAUGAGCAUUUUGGUUAGAGAUCGUUUUAUGUUUUAAAUGGUGUUUUUUUCGCAAGAUUUGAGCGUUAAUGUAUAUUUCACUCUGCUACCGAAUAAUACUUGAGUGUAUAUUGGUAGCUGCUUGCAUUGGCAAUUUCUUCUUGCCCUGGUCAUAAAUUUACCGCCGGAAUUAGGCAGCCAUGUUAGUUACUGUAGCUCACUGGGUGUGUUCUUUCGUUAUGUAGGUCCCUUGUCGGGGAUUUUUAUAUCACGCGAAAUUCAUGCUCAAAUACCCGAAGAAAUUUUACCUGUUUAAUAUGUAUGCGAAUUUUAUAAGUAAUGUGUUAUUGAAGUAUGCUUGCUUGUAAACCAUUUGCUAGUUUGAACACUGCUCGCGAAGUCUCGCUGCGUUCGACCAAUGAGCAGCGACCGGGAAAAUACUUUCAAGCAUUUGCGCCAAUGAGAGCACUCGAAUUUAAAAUUUCUGUCCGUCUUUGUCCGUGGCCAACAGACGUUCUACGAUACUCCAUGAGAGUCUUGAAUGUUGUGUGUAGUUUUGAGUGUAAGAAAAUUACUAAUAUUCAUGGUGGUACGUGAGAGUAUCGGACAAGAGCAUCAUUUUCCACGACUGAUUACAUAUCUGAAGGUGAAUAAACAUGGAUGUGUACAUGAAUUCAGGAGAGAGUUUGAGUCUUCAAGAAAUGCUGGAUAUAGAUUACAAAACUGGUUUAGAUGGAAUUUUCCCAUCCAUGGAUUUUGGUCUAUCUUUGACAGGGGACUUAUCACCUUUAGAUUUAGAGGAUGCAUUUGGAGAUCCAGGUACUCCAAGAAAUAUGCCUGAAGAUGAGGAAGAUCUGGUUGACAUGACAGCUUGGUUUACAAAUAAUGGACUUUCGACAAAUAAUAAUUCAAAUUCGAGCUACACUUUAGAUUUGGUGAAUGGUGAUAUAGCAACAAUGAUGGUUAAUACUAAUAGUGUUAUGCCUGUGACUGUAGUGACAGUACCAUCAUCAUCUACAAAUAGUAAUAAUAAUACAUACAUUACAUCAUCUGGAGUUCAUUCUUCUGAUGAGGAUUUAACAUUUUCCUCUCCAUCCCCAAGUGCAAAUAGUGUGGUUGAUAAUAGUUCCUCAGGGGGUGGUAUUACUUUUGUUAGAACAUUAUCAGCCUCGAGUGGGAUCUCCACAGCAAGUACUGUAUCGUCUCCAACUCAAGCAAGGUCACCUGUAGUAAAAACACAGCCUCAGGCAAGUGUAGCUUCAGGAGUUAGAAUUGCUGCUGCCACAUCAACAUCACAUACUUUGCGAGCAGAUGCCACAUCAAGUGGAUUGCCAUCAAUUUUGGCUACCGCCCCUAGAACUGUACCAAUUGUGACUAGCAGUACAAAAAUAACUCAACAGCAAAGGCCAAUAACACGUGGACAGGUUACUACAGAAAGUCCAGUGAGAACUAGAACAAUUCAUGUUCAGCAAGCACAACCAUCUCACUUCAAAAGGCAGCAUAUAUACAACAGCAAUAAACAUUAUUCAGAUUUUGAUAUGGAUGAUAAAGCAUAUCCCAAGCCGGCAUACUCUUACUCGUGUCUUAUUGCUAUGGCUUUGAAAAACAGUAAAACUGGCAGCCUGCCAGUGUCAGAAAUAUAUAAUUUCAUGUGUGAACAUUUUCCAUAUUUCAAGACUGCCCCAAAUGGUUGGAAAAACUCUGUUCGGCAUAAUUUAAGUCUAAAUAAAUGUUUUGAGAAGAUAGAGAAACCAUCUGGCAAUGGAAGCCAUCAACGCAAAGGUUGCUUGUGGGCUAUGAAUCCUGCAAAAAUUGCAAAAAUGGAUGAAGAGGUUCAGAAGUGGUCCAAAAAGGAUCCUAUGGCUAUUAAGAAAGCAAUGCUUAAUCCAGAAAAUUUGGAAAUGUUGGAACGGGGAGAAAUGAAACGUGAAUAUGUUGGUCUGUUGAAUAAUGGCAUGGUGCACAGUCCUUCUGGAACUGAUGAAAGUGAUGAUAUGGAGGUGCCAGACAUUGGCGAUGUGAGCGAGAAUGUUGAAAUAAUCUGCAGUGAUCCUGCAACUCCUCUCUCACCAACAUCAGUUCAUCUUCCGGAAUUUAUUGACAUAGCUACUGUCGCAGAUGAAUUAGAAGAUGCAAGUCUCAAUGACUUCGAUAUUGAGGUGACUGAUGAAAUGUAUGAAGAUUUAGAAGUUGAGGAUGAGCAGCUAAAUUUAGGUGUUACCUUGACACCUUCCUCGCAGAGUGCAGAUCUGUUGACAUCUACUACUUUGACUUUACCUGUUAUCACUUCUUCACAAGUCCAGACAAUUGAGUACAUUCCGCCAGUAAAACGUGGCUGCGUUGCUGGUAAUACAACAAGUAUUCAGGGCAAUUAUUUGUACAAACCAGUAGUGUCUGCAAAUAGCUCAAGUUCAAGCUCUGUAUCUCGGCGCAAGGCACCCAUUUUACUUCGGGCAUCUUCAGGAGCUUCCUCACUUAUCAAGAUCAAAGAUCCUUGAAGAGGGUUAAUUUUUGAAGACUAUUUGAAUUAUUCCCUCCGCAGUGACUGCCUUUUCUUUCAUUGGAAGAGAAACAUUUGAGAGGAAUAUUCCAAGUUGCCUCUUGGUUGCUUAUUGAAUGAUUGAUUGGUAAAAUAUUUGUGAUUGUAUGUUUGUGGAUUUGUAUUUUUAUAUAUAUAUAUGUGUGUGUGUGUGAGAGAGAGAGAGACAUUGGUGUUUUCUGAAGCCAGGUAAAUUUUCGAGACUUCUACUAGGAAUCGUGAAUUGUGUAAAUACCUUAUUACAGUUAAGAGUAGAACCGGUUAUGUUUCAAGAAAACUGAAUCAGAAAUGUGUGUGUCUUGAGAGACAGUCAAUACUUAACAAAUGACCAAAGGAAAUGUUUCUCAAGUCAUCUUUUUGUUUCCCAAUUUGAAUCAAAGCAAUAUUGAUUUUUUAUGGCUUAUUUUCCUUUCAAAUAUUUUUACAUUUGUACAAUUUAUAACAAUGAAAAAUAUGGUUAUGCUUGAUUAUGCCUUAUAAAUAGAGCUUGUUUAGGUAAUGAAUUGAAUGUAUUAAUCUAGGUUUGUUUGGUCCCAUAGAACUGAGAAGAUUCUGUGCAAUGAAAGUAAAUGAUUUUAAGAAAAAAUUGUGGUGAACUAUUCAGUAUUAGUACCUUGAUUCUUCAUUCAUGUUUAUUUGUUACCGAACAUUUAACUGUCAUUUUCUAUGAUGAAUACUUUUUUUAACACAUUUUAAUUUUUUUUAUGGAUUGGUCUACAAUUAAAAUAGACGAAAUCAGAAUUUUUGACUUGCUUCAUUCCAUCAGCUGUUACAUUACUGACGUUUAGUUGCAGUCCAAUUGUCUUGCAGUAAAAAAGUACAGAAUACAUUUCUGUCUCGCUGGCAAAUUCCUGAUACGUUUAUGUCCCUCUUAUAAUGUAUUUCAUGAUGUUGAAUAGGUGAAGUAGCAACGAGGUACCUGAUAUAAAUUUUCAAUUUUGGUCCUGUAAGCAUUUUUUACUAUAUGGAAAAAAAGAGAAGUUAAUAGUCAGAAGAAUGAGGAAAUAAAACAUUGUCUAAGAAAACUUUAAACAUUCUUAUGGCAUAUCUAAAUAUCUACCUUUAAAGUCAUCUUCAAUUAAGUUGUGAAUAGUUCUGAAGUUUGUUGUUGAUUUAAUUUUAUGCUCUUUUUUUUUUCCCAUGAAGGUGCAGUACAGUUCUGCUGUUUUGCAAACAUACUUUUAUCUCCCUAUUCAUAAUUAUUUUAUGCAUUAUCUAAUAUUAAUGAAAAAAUUUGAUUGAACCACUGUAUGUUCCAUGAGAAGAUUAUCUGAGUGGUAGGAUGACAUUCCACCAAUUAAACAAAUUAAGUCUGAAGAAUAUAGAGAAGUAUUGUAAAUGUAUCUGAUUGCAAAAUUAAGAUUUCGGAAAUUUGAAGUGUGGUUUUUGGAUGAGAAGUGGUCAGUUCAUAGGAAUUGUCACUGUAUCAGUCUUAACAUUUUUUUAUUUACUUAUCAUUGGAGUACUGAACAUUCAUGUUCUGUGUGCUUGUUUAGAGGAGAUUCACUAUACUUUACAUUAUUUGCAUCCAGUAUAAAUAGGUAGCAAUAGGUUCCAAGGCCAAAUUAAGUUUCUCUGGAUUGUGUAUGAAUCAAUACAAUGUUGUGUCUUUUGUGUACCAAUGUCUGGAUUGCAUAAUGUUCAUUCCAGAUGAAAUGUUUUCUUUGAAUGUCCAAGUACUCAAUCAAUUUUAUUGAAUUCUUGGACCCUUCACUGCAAAACAUACUAACAUACUACGUGCAUCUUGAAAUCACAGAAAUGCACUUCUUUCUUAUCCAUGUUAAUUUAGCACAAAUUUCAUAUAAUCAUAUAUCACAAUUCAGUAAACAACCAAUGAAGUAUAAAUUUGUUGAUUGAGUAAAUUUCCAAUAAUCUUAUACAUUAUUACAUCAGUGGGAUCAUUAAUGAAUGUAACCCUUUGCCUGUCCUCAAUAUAAAAUUUGGUAUUUGAGUUUCCUAAACUUUCGUAUUAACUUAAGAGAUAGCUUAAAAACAUCGAAACUCAAUUUCAGAUGUGUUUUUUCUUCAAUUAUUCUUUUGUCUGUGUACCUAUGUUUUUUGUUGCACUUGAGAUUUAUGUUUUAUUGCCUUGGUAUAAGCAAAGAAGUGUAGAAUAAUUUAAAAAUAAGACUGACUUGUUGGAUAUCUAAAGACACAGAAUUCUACUGAUUCUAAUACACACUUUUAUUGAAAAUGCAGAGGAGCUGUGUGGGUUUUGAUUUUUCAUUUAUUUCUUUUUCUAACAUUGACUAUUGAGGUUCUCUUCAAAGAGUAUUGCUCAGAUGACAAGAAAAAUUGGGGGAUUCUUGUGAUGGAUGAUUUUUAGGGUUCGUAUUGGUAUUCUGCCAAUACUUUGUUUUUGAAUGUAUUUAUUGAAUGUGCGAACAUAUUGUUUUAUCUCCAUUUCCAUAAUGUGAAUCUUAUAACGUGAUAUCUUGUGAGACCGUAUGGUUUAUCUCGUUAUCCAGUUAUUCAUUUUAAGUCAAAUAAAGAAACUCUGUUUGUGUUCAGCAUACAGCUAUCAGUGAAUUUAUUUUGCAAAAUAAUUUUGGACAAACAUAAUAAGGGAAAGGGCUGUCAUAAGUUUCAUCUGUUGAUUUGCAAAUACCCUCAAUGCUACAGAAACUAUAAUAGUUAAUUUAGUAUGGAAGUGAAAUUAGUCAUGUUUACUAUGCGAGUGAAAACUCAGAAAUCAUCAAAUCUAAAACAAAAAACCUAUCAUAAUAGACCUCUGGUUGCUUAACUAAAAAAUGCUUAAAGCUAGUCGUUUGGUUAGGUUUUUAUUUUAUUAUUUUUUGGGGGUGGGUGAGUCCAAAAAGUAAAUUUUGUUAUUUUCACUGAUGAUGUCAUUUUGGGUUUCUUGUGUACUUUAUGUCCUAAACUGUUUCAGUUUUUGUAGCACAGAGAUCAUUUUUAAAUCAACAGGUGAAAAUAAUUUGUGGUAUUGUUUUUUUGUCUUAUUGAAAAUGAGAAAAAAGUCUUAGACCAUGUUUCCUUAAUGGGAACUUGUCAGACAGUGUCAGUUUGAGUGUCCUAUAUGAGACAAAGAACUAGACAAAAGUUGCCAUGAAUGUGUGUUAUUCUUUGAGGUAUUUAAUGGUAGUCAAUGUGUUAAAGAAAAUAAUUUGUUGAACAUGAUUUUGUGAGGAUCAUUAAUCUUCAGUCCAUGUAGGAAUGUUUGUAUUCAGAAAUAUUAUGUUGAUGAAUUUUAUCUCUAUUUUCAAUUUAAUUUAAUUUACUACUGUACUGCACUUUCUUUAUCCUCAGCAAAUUUCUUGAUUUAGAAUGACAGAAUUCUUUCAGAAAUGUUUCUGACUUAGUUCUUUGAUUUGGGGCUUAUCUUUUUCUGCAAAGUUUUAGAUCCUAUACAAAUUUUGUACACUUGUUUAUCAAUGUCCUCCAAGUUAAAAGUAACUCCUGAGAAACCAUAUGUUUAAGUCUUUGUAACUUAUUUUUAAAUUUUUGCUUUAAUUAUUUCACUGAAAUCUUUUGGUACAUUGUAGCAAGUGCCUUAGAGAAUGAUUGGGACCAAGCAGAAUUUCAUUAAGUAACUGCUGAAUUUGAUUUCUGUAGCAGUUUGCAGUGUAUUGUAAUAUUAUUAUCAUUGUUGUAUAAUUUGAGCGUAUUAUUGUUGUUGCCUUACCAAUACGUACAGAUUUUAUCAAUUUGCUAAUAUGAUGUAAAAUUUUGAUUAUUUUUCUUUAAUUAAUUUUAAUGCGAGACUUCCUCAUACAGUAGGUAACUAUAAAACUUGUUCAUAUGUGAAGAAUAGACAUCAUCUUCAAGUUUUCUAUUAUUUGAGAUUUAAAUAGAUAGUAAAAUGAUUUUUGGAGUAAUUAUUCCUAAAUCUUUUGGGAAGUUGCUACCUGGUAUUUUAUGUCAAUGAGAGAAAAUAAUUUAUUACUCACUUGACAUCUAAGUUCAAAUAUUUUGUAAAUUGUAAUGUUAUGCUCUGUAAUAUUUUAAAAUAUUUUUUUAAAAUUUCUUUACUAAAUUGGAUUUUGCUGGAUGCCCUUGAUACAAGAAAGCACCAAAACUGUUGAUGAAAGACUGCAUAGGCAGUCAAAAUUGUAUGUAUUGAAUAAAAGUGUAAAAUUGAAUAUUGAUAUUUUAUAAACAUCAUGUAAGAAUUUUAAAAUGCUUUGGCUCAAAGCCUGAUUUUAAUUUCCAUAAAUCAGCAUUUAGUUGUUAAAAAAUUGGGUGAUGUGUUUUUAUAUGCUUAAUUGAAGGAAGUGAGGUGCCAUGUCCUUCUAAUUAAGCUUUUUCUCUUUAGAAAGAAUCUCUGAAGAAUUACUUGAGUGUUUUUCUGAGGGUUGUUUCAUAGUCAUGAGUGCAUUCAUCGUAAAUGUGAUAUAUGACAAACUUCCAUUUGGGGAGACUUCUAUUCAUGAAAUGUUAAAAUAGAUUGCACUCUUGAGUAAGAAAAAGUUAGUACAAAAGAAAUUGUGAAGCACAAGUUUUUGGAAGCAAACAUCUACUUCUUUGACUGAGCUGUGAUGUGCUGAUAGUACAACAAAUUUCAUGUGUAUCAAUUAUCUUAUAUUUGUGACACAUUGCAUGGGAAGGGACCGAGUCAAUAUUGAAAAUUUUACAUAUGAGCUUGAGAAAGGGUCUGGGGUAUAAAAAAGGCAACUUUGCACUUUCUUAAAAAAAUGAAGUUAUAAAUUAAUUUGAUAUUGCCAUAAGGGAUAGGAUCAUUUAAAAUUAAUAUUGCCAGUAAAAACUUUUUUUCUCAAAACUGAUUUUUGUUUGAUAUCUCCUGAAGUAUUGCAUCUUUCAGUGUGAAUCUGUAUCUUUUGUCCAUUUUAGAACUAUAAUAAUCUCAAAACAGAUAAUAAUGCCUUGGCUCCCUUUCCAUGCAACAAAUCACAUCUGAUUUAUAUUCUGUUAUAAUGAAGUUUAUUGAAAACUUCUCCCAGAAAUUUGAAGUUUAUCAGUAUUUUUUAUUGAAUGAGCUAAGAAUAUCUGCAUGAAAAAGUAUAAAGAUUACAUUAUUCUAUCUGGUUUAUGAAAUAUGGUAGUCGUACAGUAAAAGUCUUUCUCAGAAGAUAUUUUUAAAGACCGAUUACUUUUUAGCACGUAGUGAAAAAAAAUCCAAUGUGCAUUCGUGAGCUGUAAAUAUUGCAGACAUGUAUAUUUGAUUCUGGUAGAUCUCAAUGUUUAUAAGCCUGUACUGUUAGUGAGUUUAUUAUUGCAAAAGUUUGUCUUUUGCUUAAAGCCUAGUCUACUGUGAAAGCAUUACCUCUCAAUUGAGAGACAUGUACAAAUUAAGUAUUUUUACUAUAAUUAUUUUAAGAUAAUAUAAUUGUCUUGGAUAUCAACAAUGUUCCCUGUUGGAAAAAAAUUGUUUUGUCUAUUGUGUAGAGUAGUCUUGGCAAAUGUGAAAGCCUGACCAGAAUAAUAGUAUUUUUCAUUACGAAUUAAGGUCUGGAAUUCGGUAUUUGUCAUUCAAAAGAUGAGAUUUUAAAUAAACCAGUUAAGCCAAUUAUGAUGUUACCAUAUCUUGCCAGCUACCAGCAUACUUUCAAUUUGCAGUAAUCAGGAAUAAUUUAAUUCCAGAAGUGGUGAUUCUUUUAUAAUGUUCAGUAUUAUUUCAUUUUGUUAAAUUUUCUUAUGACAAAGCUUUUUAGAAAAAUUGAAACCUUUAGUGAGUGUGCAGAGAACUUCGGGUUUACUAUCUAAGAAAAUCUAUUUGAUUAUUUGGUUAUUUAAAACAAAUUAUAAAAAUUAUUUCAAAUUUCUGCAGAGAUGUCACACUUACUGUCUUCUGGUCAUGCAAUUUUUUUGUGCUGUUGUAGACAUGCAUGUUUUGGCAUUUAUCUUAAAAGAUAUUUUAAUGUUUAUUGAUAUGACAACACUGAACAUUCCAUCUUUCAGUGUUAACCAAGAAUUUGUAAUGAUGCCUUCAAAAUUUCAACAGUUUAAUGAGUGUGACUAAAAUAAUUAAAUUAAUAGGCCUAUACAUUUAUGUGUAUUAUUAAACAUGAUUGUCAUUCAUGAAGUGUAAAUAUUUAUUAUAUUUUUGUUCUUCUCAGCCAACUCUAGCAUUGAAAAAAAUAAACCAAACAACAUCAAAUGUAUUUUCUGUUGCUAACUACUAGUAACUUUACUCAUUUAUCUUGUAUGCUUUACAUCAGUAUUCACUAACUUCAUUUUAAAUGUUUCGUAAAAAUGGUUUGUGAUUUGCUUUCUGUGAAAACCAGAAUACAGAGGGAAUGCUAUUACUUAAAACGUUUAAAACAUUGUGAGUGUAUACUUCGGGAAAUACGUCUACUGCAGCACUAAAAGCCAGUCUUGGUAUCGAUAACAAUCACCUUUGAAAAAUGCUGUAUAUGAUUAGAGCCUUUGAAUAGAGAAGUACAAUUUAAUUCAUUAAAAAUUUUCUAGAAUUGAUUUUGUUAUAUUAGACGCCCUGGUCAUUUUACUUUCCGUGAUGAAGAAUGUUGAAAGAUAUUUCUGUAAAUACAUGAAUUAUUCUGUUCUCAUUUGCAUUUGGAAUUAAUAUAUUCGGACAUUCCAAUCAGACAAGGAGAAGUUGAGUUAGAAUCACUACAGUAACAACUAAAUUGUGUAUGUUGCGAUACUAAUUUCAAUCAAUCUUACCUAAUUUUCAGCAGUAAUAUAAGUUCUGAUGGUGCUUUUUAACUGGGCAGGAAAUAAAUUUCCCAAAUCUCAUCAGAUAAAACAAUUAUUCUUUUGUGAGUUUUCAUUAAACCAUUCUAUUGUCAAAAAUGAUACAUUAAUAAGUUUGCUUUCACUACAAAUUUAGUUUUAAAAAUAUUAAAGAGUGUAGGCUUUCAUUUUUUAAUUAAGAACUAACCUUUUUAUCCUGAGUUUAGGAUUUAAAAAGUUGCUUAGGAAAGCAGAGGGGUCUUACAAAAAUGUGAAAGCAGACAACCUAAAUGGAUUUAGAUGUGGUUAGACUGUGUUGUUUGGUGGCGAGAAAUGUUUUGCAAAUUUUUGGUCUCUUAAUUUAUAUACUUAAAGAUUUUUAAUGUAAAAUUUAGUAAGUGUUUUGAAAUUUUUUUGCACAUAAAAUAAUUGGUUGAUACUGUAAAUAGAAUUCUGAAUUUCAGGGAUUACAUUUAAAGGUACAAGACCAUACCGCAAUGUUGUAAAGAAAUGUGUGUAAAUGUUAGGUGUGAUUUAUGGCAUUGUAUUGGAUUUAUAUGUAUAAUAAAAAAAAAUAUUUUGCCAACUUUUAUAUUGCAAUUCCAAUUAUGCAUUGAGAGUAUGUAUGUGAAACAUAGUUCAAAAAUCUAAAUAUUUUGUAGGCUGUGGUUAUUGUGUUGUUAAUAUUAAUGAUUAAAAAAUUGACUUGUAAUAUAGUAACCAGGUGUAACAUGGUUAGUCUGAUGUGACUAAGUUUUCCUUUGUGUACAGUGUAGGGGAAGGUAUAUGUUUGACACAUCCUUUCUGCUACUGGACUGGGAUGAGGCAUGUGUUUUAUUCUGUAAUAUAUAUAUUUGAAAAUAUAUAUUGUGAAUUCUUUAAACUUUUGACAAAUGUAUGAAUGUAAAAUGAUGUAUUUUAUUGUGAAGUAGUGAAUAUAACAUGGAUUGAAAGAAUGAUAAUUCUUUAUAAUAAAUUGUUUUUAUAGAAAUUU